GGCUCUACGUGUCUGCUGAUAGGAUGAGCUGAGGUCCUGCCACUUCUGUCGAUUGGCAUCUAUCCCGUCCAUCAUUGGCUGUAAUUUCCUAUUGAGCUUCAGCAGCGCCUAAGAGAGACACAGAUGCAGAGAGUUCAGAGACCCUCUGACUGUCCGCAUAAUGAGCUCCAUGAGAUCUUCCAGGAAUUGUGAUGCCAUCUUCCAUGAGAACAUAACCUUCUCUGGACACAAACUUACUAUGACGAUGGACCCAGUCUUUCAGGAAGCUUGUGAGUCCCCCGAGGAGGCCGGGAUAGACACGAGGUGGGCAAUGGAGGCAGCUGGCCGAGGACCCCUGGUGAUCAGCACUGUCACUCUGGCUGUCCCAGGAACUUAAACCCACCUCACUGGUCACAAGCAAACAGGAGGGAGUCCUGUUUAAGAGCUUCUACAUUCCUACUUUUACUGCGAUUGCUUCCAAAGUGUCUGCAACAGAAGGAUAGAAGAAACCUCUCUGGAUUUCUUCUGUAGCUACCACAGUCCAGGUAUCCAGCUGCCACAUGGAGCCAAAGUCUUUACUAACCCACAACAUCUCCAAUGAUUUUGGAGAUCAUCGCUGGGGUUACAGAGGAACUAUACCUGUGCGCAUCACUAGCCAAAAAUGUCAUAAUAUCAGCAGAAAGAAAAGUAAAGUCCAUCUCAAUGAUCAGCUCAUACCAAAACCAACUGACAUAAAUCUAGCUGAGAAAAUGAUCCAGAUUGCCACUCCAAAAGAGCAUCCCUAUUCAUCUCACAUCUCUCGCUUUGCAAUGUUCCCAUCCUUCUGCUCUCCAGACGACCCGGAAACAGGAGUCCGAGCUGCUUCCCAGCCUUUCCUCAACCUCAUUAUGCCAAAUGGUGCACCGGACAUCAGCCUGCUGAGCAAAACUAAAGGUGCUCCAUAUAGACAUGAGAUCAUAGAAACACCAGUGAAAACCAAGAAGAAGACUGUUUCAUGGACAGGAGAGCAUGGCUUCUAUGAUAAAACAAAACCACUGAAGGGACAGAACCAAGUUUUCUACCCGACGCCUCCAAAGACGGUGCUGCCAAACCCUAAACUUCGUGACUGGGAUUUUUCAUUAUCGGAGCGGACGAGCAACAUGCUGAAAAACUUAGAGAGGGCACUUUGGGUCACCUCUUACCAAAUGCACUACACAGGAUCGGGACCAGCAAAUCCUUUAAAGAUGGAUGAUUUCAAGGAUAAAAUGAUCACUGGGAUUCAUUCACACACUGCACCACUGCGAGAACGUUCCCAUCCUGAAUUUGUUCCCUCUAAACCCAAACAAGGAUGUAAAAGAAGACAGGGGAGGAGCACCUGCAGUCCCUCUGCUGCUGAACUCCUAAAAGCAUCUCUAAACCGAAGCUCUGCCUCGGCUACUGUAAACCAACAUGGGCCACGAGAGAUCAGGGCUACGCAUAAUGAGGCACCAGAUCCACACCAAAUGGGUCAGAGUCAAUCAGAGUACAGCUCCACAGAAGCUCAGCACACCACGCCGUCCCAGGCGGUCUUACACAAACAGCAGCAAACUCGCAGCAAAGGCUCAGCGCACGAGGGCAUAGAGAGAGAGAGCUGCAAAGUCCAGUCUGAUGAAAGUUUUAUGCGAGGAUCUGUGUCGCAGAGCAGCCAAGAGGCUAACGCUGGCCAGAUCUCAAACACGGAGCGACCCCAGGACCUGUACAGCCGCCCACAUUCCCAGGGAGAGAUAGAAGCCGACAUAAAGAAAAGCCUGAUGGAGCUGUGUGGAAAACAUGCACCGAGUAGCAGAAAAGAGGAUCAACCUCGCCGCGUUAAAUCGCAUGCCGAGUUAUUAUCAGGGGCAUCUGCAGGGCAGGAGCUGCUGCAUGGUAUCUCUAAUCCGAGCAUCCUGCCAAGGCCUCCUGUCCUGCCCAGCAUUUGCUCGGUGCACAGAUAUGGGAAUGUGGGAAGAGGAGAAGCAGCUCAAAGCCUCCUGGACCUUCAAGAUUCAUUCAGUAAGACAGAAGCCCAUCGAAGCUUCAACAGCUCCAUCACACGAGCCGCUGUGGACCUGAGAGACAACGUGGUCAGAGGGAGAAGACACGACUUCUUUGGGAUCAACUGCAACUACAUCCAUGGAUAAACUCAAGAACAUGAACUUUAACAUCUCAGGGAAUCAGAAAACAUCAAUUUCAAUCCGAGAAGAUACUGAAGACUUAAUUAUAAUUCACUAAAAGCUUAAUUGUAUAGUAUAUUUGACUUCAAAAAUUAUCUCAUGUAAAUGUAUGAGGUUUCCCUCUUUGAAACUGAAAUGUGAGAUUUUUCAAUAUAAUCGAUCCAGAGGUUUCAAAAUCCUUCACUGGUCAUCGAUUAAAUCCUUAAAAAUUAAUUUCCAUAUAUCGUAUACCAUAUAUACAGUAUAAGCGUUUCCAUGAAAAUUAUCCCUUGCUGCCUCAAAAUCAUUGAGAUGUAUCUCUACAUUGUUGCCCCCUCUAGAAUUAGCAGAUCUACUGCAACUCUGCUUAAACACACUGUAAAACUACACUACUAAAUAGCAAAUUGUAAUAUUACUGUAAUUCGGGUAUGCAUGUUUGAGCCGGAAAUGGAUUCAGAAGAAGAAUAACGAUACAAAAAGUCCCACCCAGAAUUUGUUUUUUAAGGUUUGUUAUGUAUGAGACCUUGGAAAUCAAGUACUGGAAAUGCUCAGGCUUGUGAUGUUUUCUUAGAAUAUAAAUAAGGAACCAUAUGGAUAUGAAAAGGUAAAAAAAUUAAUUCUAAUAAAAAAUAAUUCUAUGUUGUAAUUUUAACACUAUCUAUAGUGAAAUUAACAGUAAAAACAAUGCCAGCAGAUGGUUUGUCAAAAAAAACCAAAACAAAAUAGUGGAAAAUAACAAACUCAUAAUUUCACCUUAUGUCAUCUUUGACGUGUAUAUAUUAUACACUUAAUGCAAACACAUUCAUAUAACAUUUUUGCAGUGAAAACGUCUAAUUAUACAAGAUGUUGCUCAUUUAACAAAGAAAUCUAUGUAAAAUUACAAAACCAGUGCUUUUUUUCUUUUAGUUGUCAUGAAUUAUAUCUAAAUUUUACAAAUAUAUUAGGAGUAUUACACGAAUUUUCAGUUUCAUCUAUUAAUUGAGAGUAAAUAUUUGUGAAAAUGUGAUAGAUUGGCAAAUUGAGGUCUUUAGACAUCAACUAAUUUAAAUUAAGAAAUGUAACUUUGCGAUUUUCAGAUCUACAGGUUUCUGAUGUACUAUUAUAUUAGAUAUGAUAAUUUAGUGCUUAUUUUUUGUAAUUUUUGUGAUAUUUUCACAUAUUUCAAAAAUACUGAAAAUUCAGGUUUUGCAUUUUGUGCUCUUCUCCCUUUAGCAAUUGUCAUUAUAUUCAUAUAUUCUUUUCUAGAUGUGUAAAUAUCUCUAUAUAUUUUUUCUGUAAUUAUUUUCUUAUUCUUUUCCUUAUUCCUAGAGUGACACCAACAGAAACCAAAUUCCUUCUAUGUUGUGUAUGUACUUUGCCAUUAAAGCUGAUCCUGAUUA